AUGUCGAUUAAUAUCGUGAACGCUUCGAUAGAAAAACUCGUACUCAAUAUAACUAAAAAACAGCCAGAGACGGAUGAUUAUAAAAAAGAUGUAAAAUACGUGCAUUCAUCGUUUAAAUUCGGCAAAUUUGGAAGCACCAGUCAAAAAGAUGUAUUAAAAAAAUAUAAUGGAUUAGCCGAAAAAUUUCGGAUACACGCACAAGGAACCAAAGCAGAAUUUUUAGAAAAAUAUGUUUCUUCGCUUAUGCAACGUCCGAUGGUAGAAGGGUCGAUUCAACCUCAUACGCGCUACGAUAUUCUCUGUUUACUUUUAAAUUUAUCGGAUUCUCCACUCUCCACUAAAUAUAGCCCAAUUAUUAAAGUAAAAAAGCCUGAUCAACCGCAGUGGAUAAGAGCAAGAUUAGGCGAUAGGGCUGUUAAUUUUCAAAAUGGCCGAAAUCAGAAUCUGAUUCCUGAGACGUCACAGAAUGUGGUACAACAAGAUGGUGUUGAAGAAACGCCGGAUCAGAACUUAAAUUAUGACAUUGUUCAGGAAUUACUAUCUAACCAGUAUUGGAGGCCAAAUUACCGUAAUCAACCGCUUGAUUCCAAGUUUGAUGCGAAUGAUGCAAGUACUUUUGCCCCAUCACUUGCGCAAUACCGUAGUCAAGAUGAAAGAUAUCUUUUUUAUGAUCCAACCAGACUAAAAUACAUCACAGAGCUUGACGCUAUACGUGAGGUUUUGUUCAUGUUAUCUGGACGUCCGAGCUUUCUUUUUUGCAAAGAUACAAAUGGAAAAUUCCAGGUCCAGCUUAAUGCAGUGUUAAUGCAUUUAACUGAAGGUGGACUUAAAGCCUUGUUAGAAUAUUUUUGUGAAUAUGGAAAUUUCUUGGUCAAGUUGAGAAUAGUUGCCACUAGGAUAAGUACAGAAUCUCGCCCAACUUAUGGACAAACUGCCCAGGCUUUUGCUGCAUCCAUCCUCAAGAUGGUUUGGAAAUUUGACAAAUCAUUGUCUGACAUAGAAUCAAAGUAUCAGAUUAAUAAGUCUGUAUCUCAAGAUCAAGACACGUAUAUUUCCCUUUUACAGCUUCGAAAUCAUAUUUCCCUACAUUUAUAUGAAUUUAAGAUCGUUUACGAUUUUUUUGAAAAGCAUCUUUCACAUGACUUUCCUAAUAGGUUGUUUGAUAUUUCUGAUCAAGAUCAGUCAGAUGUCCCUGCUUCAACACGCCUUUACUCAUCUUGUAAAAUUGCAUAUAAAAUAUUAUCUGGGUUAUUUAAUGAAGUUGUUCAUCACCAGAUAUCAGGAAAUAAAAAUAUAUUUAUCAUGUUGGGAGGACACCUUGAUAAUUCGCUUGUACCUUAUAUUCGUAUGAUUGAUGAAUGGAUUUGUACAGGAACAUUAAAUGAUCCAGAAGAUGAAUUUUUUUUUGUAAGAUCUCAAACGAUGAAGAACACAUCGUCACAGUACUGGCAGGAAAUGUAUAAGAUUCGAGAGACUUGUAUUAUGAUUGAUAAUGUUGAAUCGGUCCAGUCAUUAUCGCCACCUUUUUUGGAACCUUUGAUAGGUCGCAUUUUGUUCUGUGGGAAAGCACAAAAUUUACUAAUGUCCUUAAAAACAAGAAAGGUAGAUAUUAGAGAAUAUAUGUUGUCUCUACAACAUAAUUCUAAGGAAUUAGCUCUCGAUAUAGAGUCGUUACGUUUAUUCGAUAAUAAAAUUAAUCACAAGUUGUCAGUGGAAAAUACCUCAGCUAAUGGAAUUGAUUGUAAACUACUAGAAAUGGAGAGUCUCUCUGAUUUUAAUGGCAUUAUCGAUGCUUUCCCUAAGACAAUAUCAUCCUUGUUUCCUCUUUGGCAAUCAUCAACAGAAAAGGAAGAGAAUGUGAAAAUGGAAUCAAAAGAAAUAAAUAAUAUGCUUAUUUUUCAACCUUUUAAUGAGCGAUUAAAAGAACGGUUUGAGGGCUAUAUUCAGCCCAGAUAUGAACGAAUCGGUCGGCAACUUUAUGAUACAUUAGUUGAAAAAUGUCGGUUAUGGAAGCAUUUACGUUCUCUUGCAGGGAUAUAUUUCAUGCAACAAGGGGAAUCAAUGCACCUACUAUGUGACGUUUUAUUUGAGAGGAUAGAUAAAAAACAAAUGUGGUAUGAUAGAUAUAUCCUCAAUGAUAUUUUUCUGAAUACGGUGAGGAAAUGGAAAUGGUUGGAUGGAGGUUUGGUCAGCGCGUGGAUAGACGACGUACCUGGAAAAAGGCCUGACAUUACCACUGUUAAAGUAUUUGAAAAAAUUGUUAUUGAGUAUCGAAUACCAUGGCCUAUUAACAACAUAAUACAAAGUAGAACUCUACAAUACUAUAAGCGCAUAGUGGUUUUUUUACUCCAAGUGAAGCGAGCCAAGUAUCUUUUGGAGCGGUUAUCGUUUUCGCGCUUAAAUAGAGACAAUGAAAUGACAGAAAAAACAACCGCCAUGGUCUCGUUUUAUGGAGUUAGAAUUAAAUUGAUAUGGUUUUUGAAUACAAUAUGGGAUUAUGCGAUGAGAAAUAUACUGCUCUCGGAAACGGAAAAGUUUUACAAGAAAUUAGAAAAAGUUUUUGAUGUUGAUGAGAUGGUUUCCUUGCACAACUAUUAUAUUAAUGCCGUACAUGAUCGAUGCUUGCUCAGUGAUAAGACAAUUCCUAUUCAUAAAUCUAUAUUAGAUGUUCUCGAUUUGGCGAUUCAGUUCAGUACACUUUACACACAUUAUCAAGGAGAAAAUGUGUCUUUUUAUGAUCACUCACGUGAUGAUAAAUCAAAGAAAGAUGAAAAUGCUUCAGAUUCUGACUCUGACACAUUCUUAACAGACGAUGAUGAUGACAUAAACGGCAUUGAACCCAUUAUACCUGAACAAGUGGAUCAUGAAACGUUUCUCGAAGGUUUAAGUAGAAUUGAUAAAGAGUUUAAUAGAAAUAAAGAGUUUAUAAGUAAUUCUGUUCAGAUAAUUGCUCGAGUUGGUGGAUUCUGGUGGUUCGAUGCCUUGGCAUUAGCACUAGGCUAA